AUGAUCAAGAUCCUGCCCAAGAGCCAUGUGCCGAUUGCGCUCCAAGCUGACACAGGCCUGGUCCAGAUAGAAGCGCACGACUUAUCCCUGGCCUUUGUCUUCUUUUGGUGCUUGCUGUAUAUUUCCAUCUUUGGAGAGUUCGACGAGAACAGGUGCCUGGUGACGUUCUGGAACAAGGGCACGGAGCAGCAGAAGCACCUCCUCAGACGAGCGAACCACAUCCUUUUUGUCCUCUGCACGCCGAGCGUGGUCGUCUUCUGGCUGGCGGUUCUCAUCCGCUCGAUGCCCGACUUCUUCGGCAAGAUCUUCAUGCCUGAGGAUCGGGGAGGUGGUCCUGGCCGCGUGCAGCGUCGUGUUCGGCCUGUCCUACGCUGUCAUCAAGGAGAAUCCGAGGCGGCUCUCGGACUACUCCAGGCAGCUUGUCGAGAACAUGCUCAUCUACUGAGCACGCUCGGAGGGCCCCUCCUCGCCGAGGCUGCCGGUGCGCACGGGCCCGCGGCCCGCCCGAGCGCAGCGGCGCAGCGGCGCAGCGGCGCAGCGGCGCAGCGGCGCAGCGGCGCAGCGCGCAGCGCGUUGCGCAGCCCGCCGUCGGCGCGGCCUCCGCGAGGGGGCGGCUCGAGCGGUGCGCCGUCGCCCGGCGCGCGGGCCGAGAGCAAGCAGUGGCAAAGCGUCUUGGCUUGCCUGUAG